AUGGGUGACGCCAAGUUCGCAGCUGCAUAUGCCAAUCACCAGGCUAAGAGGAAUCAUGCCGAGAAAUGGCAGGUCAUUAUCGACGCGACCAACAUGACCACCCAGCCCCUUGCGUCCCAGCUUCUUGGACAGAUGGGGCUCGACAGCACCCGGGACAAGCCCUUCAAGCUCCUGGACCACGCAUGCGGAGCAGGUGUGGUGGGACAUCUCCUGCGCACCUCCAUCGCACCAGAGGUCCUCGAGAAGAGCAGCGUCCUGUCCGCAGACAUGGCCCCCGGAAUGGUCGAGCUCGUGAAGGACAGACAGAUCAGGGAGGGCUGGAUCAAUUCCGAAGCCCGAGUCCUCGACGCACAGAAAGCGGACUUGCCAGAUGCGAGUUUCAGCCACAUCACAGUCGGCAUGGCGCUGCACAUCACCCCGGAGCCCCAGCUUGCUGCUGACACCCCCGGGGGCGCAGACUGCGUCCGCCUGCUCCAGCCCGGCGGGGUCGUGGGUCUCUCGACGCCGAUGGGCGCCAUGGGCGGGCACAUGCGCGACCUGCGCGACGCCUUCGCGAGCUUCCCCUUCGACGCGCCCUUCCCGGACCCGUUCCCGACGCAGCUGCACGGCGUGGGCCGCUGGGACGACGCCAACUGGGUCGCGCGCAACCUGACGGACGAGCACGGGCUCGUCGGCGUCCGCGCCGAGCUGCACGCGCACCUGGCGCGCUACGAGAGCGGCGCCGAGUACGCCCGGCUCUUUAGCCCGUUUUUGCCCGUGCUCCUCGACGGCUGGUGGCCCGAGGACACGCGCAGGGCGCACCCGCUCGACGAGGUGCUGGGCCUGGUGGCAGCGUUCAUGGACGACAAGUACGGGGGCCGGCCGUGGUACUCGGAGUUUUAUGCCCUUGUGGCGACCGGGCAGAAGAAGUCUGAGUAG